AUGAACUUCUCGCUUAGCGAUUUAAGUUUGUCCCUGAGACUUCAUCAGGAUGACUCGACUGAGUCGCCCUCCGGAACCAAUCAAACGAUUCGGCCUCUCGGCACAUACUGGGCAAAUCAGGCUUCCAAACCUUACGACGUGGCGUCCAAUCAGGGUCGCGGCAAGGCAAGACUGGUCACAAGGUCGAUCUAUGUGAAAAG